AUGACUGCAAAGGGCAAGAGUGUCAAGACACAGAGCCUAGCUACAGAGAACGUGAGCGAGCAAGCAAGCAGUAGCACACCUGAAGAACUGUCACCGCCCUUAUUCACAUCUCAAGACCCUCCUGAUGUCCUAGCCGACCGAAACAACCUCCAAUCAUGGAAGGAUCUUUUCAUGGCCCGUCGGUCAUGGGCACUCAAUCUUGCGGCGCAUUGCAGCACUAUGGCCAAGUCGGUUGACGAUUACAAUAUACGGAUAGGAGUCAUCCAGCGUGGUGUUUCUGUAGCCCUGGAGAACCUGAAAUCACAUGUUGGAAACUUGGAGCACAAGUUUCAAGAUACUCACAAUUGGGCCAAUGAUCUCAUGAAAGACCAACGGUCUGCGCUCAAAGACUGGCAGCGAGCCUACAGCACCCUUGGUGAAAUACCUGCUAAGAGCGAUUUCACGUUUCUGCGACGUGCAGCACCAAAGAAGUCAAAGGACUAUCGUACAGGAACGUUGCAGGACUAUAUCGAAGCGGAAGAAUUGCAGAAUGCGGUGUCAGAUGUCACUUCACAGUCUCAACGCUUUGCUCGACGUGUUGGUGAUCUGGAGAAAGAAGUCCGCGAUAUUUCCUCCCAAGCGGAAUCAUUAAGCAAUGCCAUAUCUAAUGCUUCCACUAAUAUCCCAGAGCAAGCUCUCCUGGGGGAAAUUGAAAAGCAUGCUAAGAAGAUUGCUGCAGAUUACACAUCUGUAUUAUCACUACAGAAUGACCCAGGGUCGAUAUCAAGCAUUUCGAAAGUAGCACUAGUGCACACCAAAAAGGUCCUCCCGAGGAUGAUGGACUUGAGUCUCAGCUUGCGAGAUAUGCUGAAUGCUACCGCCCAGGGCCUCAGCACAGCAAUGAAGAAUUCGUCCGCACAAAUGCAAAAGAUAUCAUCCAUAGAAUUGCGGUUAGCGAAGGUACAGGCCGAUAUAGCAGAAUUAAAUGUUGAAACCGAUUCUUUCGACGUGUUGUGCCUUUUUUACCAUCUGCCAUCUAUCUACGGUUCCAUUCUGAUCGAAUCUACUCGCCGCCAUGAAUGGACUGACAAGAUAAAAACUGACUCGAGAGAUAUUGCAGAGAAACUAGCUAUUUUCCGUGAUGAAGAGCAACGCAGACGAAGAAAAUGGGCCAAGCGCAUGGGUGAAUUCCUUAACUUGCCAGACGAUAAUGCUCCCUCUGUAGAAGUUAACAUGCAGGCUGCAAAGGACACAGACUGGCCAGAGGUCUCUCGGGCAGAAAUUGAGGAAUAUAUUGAUCUAAUUGGGAAAAAAGCCGACAUGGAGGAUGCUGUUCAGGAACUGACGCAACUAUUUAAAGAACUGGAUACCCCUAGCAGACAACAAAGGCGAAGGACUAAAGCCUUCAAGCAGGGAAGCCUAUUUGAAAUGGGCCGUAGCUCGUUCCUUUUACGUGACAACGACGUUGUUCGCAGUCUUCAAGAGGAAAAGUCCAAAGUCGAGGAGAGGCUGAAAGGCUCAGAAAGUCGAGUCCGUAGGUUAGAGGAUCUUCUUCAUCGUCAAAGUCAUAUCUCUCGCCCUGUUAGUGGGCAAUUUGGACCCGAUAUACCUACUUCUCCAGCCUCUCCACGGUUAGAGAAUGCUCGUCUCGAAAAUGCAUCUAGAAGAUCUUCCAUGUCCUCUAGACGCAUGUCGUCAAAUCAACCUCAGGAUGACAAGGCACUGAUACAGCGCAUCGUUGCACUGGAAGCUGAACUCGCAGUUGAACGUGAUGCAAUCACUAAAAUGCAAAGAGAAACCAGCCUCGAACGCCAGUCUAAUGUCGACAAAAUCGAAGAAGCCGAGCUUACCAAGAAGGAUCUAAUGAGGAAUCUCGAAGCUAAGCAACGCGAAUUCGAAGAAGAGCGGAGGUUCUUGGAGUCAGAGAGCUCCAAAUUCAAGUCCAGGAUUGAGGAGCUCGAAGACGAACUAGAUAGGGUCCUAGACUCUCAUGACCAUGAAAGACACGAGCUUGAUGAAAAGAUUGAGUCACUUUACAGGGAACUCGAGAUAGUAAGAGGGAAAGACAAGGAAGAUGCUACUACGCAAGUUCGACUUUCCGAGUUGACCGACCAGAAUACGGAGCUCCGCGAACAGAUUCAAUCAAUUCACAAGGAACAAAAGGACCUGGUACAAGGUUUGCAAGCUGCAUAUCAUAAUGCUUCCAACUCUGCGCCGCCGAAUAAUAUCAGAGAACUCGUUGAUGCCCUCUGUGUUGUUGUAGAAGGUCUAGCUAUUCAUUCGAAGAGCUCUGAUGAGGCCUUAGCACGACUGGGAGAGGAAAAUGACGAAAUGAAACAAAAGAUUGCUCAAUCAGAACAAGAUGCGAAGACCACCAGGGAAAUGCUUGAUUCGGAGAAAGCAAAUGCAUCUGACCUUGAGAACAAGCUUAAAGUUGUCAGAGCUGAGCUUGAAGGAGUAAACGAGAGGCUAAAGACGGGGCAAAAUGAAAUAGAAUCGUUGAAGGCAGAGCUUGAUUCUGAGAGGGGCAAAACGCAGGCAUCAGAUAGGCGCGUUAUGGAAGCAGAACAACGCGUCCUCGACGUAAAUGAGCAGAUAAAGCGCAUGGAAGAAGAGAAGACAUCAGUCUCUGCGGAACUCUCAGAAUGGAAACAGAGAGCUGAAAAUGUUCAUAUCGAUGGCAAAGCUUCCAGCUCUUGGUUUGAUGCCAGAGGUGUCCGUGCUGGCGAUAUAUCAGUGAAAGCCCAUGCGCUUGUGGAACAGCUAUCUCGUAUCUUGGAAGAACUCGGGUUUACAAUCGUUUCCCAAAACGGCUCCAUGGCAAUUCAACGAACAUCGAGGGUAAUGAAUGGACUCUCCGUGGGGGAGAGUAUGUCAUCUUCAACGUUGGUAGGCACAAUCACAGCACCAGAACAUGUUCACUGGGCCAAAGCAGGGAAUGAGAAUGAUGAAUCGUCUCAAUUUUCUUCGUUCAUGACAGCCAUCGACCGGAUGGAUAUAUCCGCCUGCGGCGAUGCAGUGAUUAAAAGGGUCAAAGAUAUUGAAAUUCUGGCCCGCAAAUGGCAGAAGGAAGCCCGAGGAUAUCGAGACAAAUAUCACCGUGCUCAAAGUGAAGCCCAUGAUAAGAUUGCUUACCGAUCUUUCAAAGAGGGGGAUCUUGCGCUCUUCCUUCCCACUCGCAACCAAGAAAUUCGGUCAUGGGCUGCUUUCAACGUGGGAGCACCGCACUAUUUCCUUCGGGAGCAAGAGACUCAUAAACUCCAUACGCGGGAUUGGCUCCUGGCUCGUAUCACAAAGGUGCAGGAGAGGGUAGUUGACCUUUCGAAAUCCAUGAACGGGACAAACCAAGACCGUCUUUCAACGGGAGGAAAUGACGGUGCAUCCAUUGAAGAUGACAAUCCUUUCGAGCUUUCGGAUGGCCUGAGAUGGUAUCUAUUAGAUGCAUCAGAAGAGAAGCCACGGGCUCCUAGCACUCCGGGACUCGGGAAGAGUACGGUUGCUUCCGCACAUGUGGAUGCAAAGGGAAGUAUCCGGUUAAAACGAACAACUUAUGGCGGGGGAGCUACUAAAACCCUAUCAAAGAGCUUGGACAGCAGACGAAAUAGUUCGGCAUCAAGAAACGGGGCAGCUAUACCUACGCUUCAGCCAGCAACAACAAGCGAAACCGUACUGGCAUCAGAUGGUGAUCAAGGUGCGGAGAGCCGUAGGGAGGAGGCACAGAUAUUUGACGAGUUUCAUUUCUGGUGCGAGUUCGUCGCCAUCGAGGUCCUCGUCUUCGAAAAGGCCAUGGGAGAGACUGUUUUCCCUCGAUUACCGAUCAGAUGCUUUCUCUUAGGAAUUACAUCACUACACUCCCUUAUUCUCAAUAUGGUGUUAGUGCUCUCCUAUUCCUUGAACAAUAUCACCGGCUGA